AUGGCACUGGUGGCUGCGGCUACACAUCACUUUACCUACGACGAGAUUCUGAGCAUUACCAAAAACUUCAGUCAGGUAAUCGGCGUAGGAGGGUCUUCCACCGUCUAUUAUGGCCAGCUACCAGAAGGUGGUCUUAAGGUUGCUGUCAAGAAACUGAAAGAAUCAGGCUCAGUACUUGGCAACCUCCUCGCAGAGAUAAAGAUUUUGACGAGAGUCCAUCACAAGAACUUGGUUUCCUUAGUUGGUUUAUGCGAAGAACAAGAUGAAAUAAUACUUGUGUCUGAGUACAUGGCGAGAAGUCUCCCUGAGAUAUUAAAAGAUACGAACAAUGAGUUGACAUGGAGAAAGCGACUACAGAUUGCACUGGACGCUGCAACAGGGUUAGAAUAUCUGCAUACAGGAUGCAGACCAGCAAUCAUUCAAAGAGGUAUCAAGACCGCAAAUAUUCUGUUGGAUGACAAUAUGCAAGCCAAAUUAGCAGAUUUUGGGUUGUCCAAGGCUGGGUUAGUAGAUAUAACAGAGUGUUCAGCUUAUCAAACCAAAAUUGAUGGCACAUUGGAAUACAUUGAUCCUGAGUAUCUCUAUACACAGACUCUCACUAAAAAGAGUGAUGUGUAUAGUUUCGGAGUAGUACUUUUUGAACUCAUAACAGGGAAGCCUGCCAUAGUGAUCACUGAAACGAAUGAAAAAUGCGAUCUCACUAGAUGGGUCAUGCCUAUGCUCAUGAGAGGAAAUAUAGAGAGUCUACUUGAUCCAUUGUUGAAGGGCCGGUGUAACAUCCAAUCAGUCUGGGAAGUAGCAGUGAUUGCAAAGACUGCCAUACAAGAUCCAACUGGAAGACCAGAUAUGCCCAAAAUUCUGAGCACUCUAAAGGCAGGCUUAAGCAUGGAAACUUGGUUGGACAUGGCUUCCGUAUCUGAAAUGAUGACCAGCCGAUCUUCUUAUGAUGGGAUCCCACAUAAUCUGGUGGCUGCGGCUGCAAGUCCCUUUACAGAAAACUUCGGUUUGGCCAUCUUGUCUUAG